GUAAGUGGGCGCUGUGUCUAGUGUCAGUGUGCGGCAGGCUUUACUAUCGAGCUUUUCAGAAUGCUGUACACAUCCAUCCCUGUCUACUUCCUGCUGCUGGGCGCGGCGCUGUGCGCGCCGGAGCGCGUGCAAGUGGACGACGUGCGCGAGCACGACGCGCCCGACGCGCCCGCGCACGACUUGACGCACGUCGCGCCGCUCGAGAAACGGUCCCCGCACUACGACUUCGGUUUGGGGAAGAGGGCGUAUAGCUAUGUGUCGGAGUAUAAGAGGCUGCCGGUCUACAACUUUGGAUUAGGGAAAAGACUAAGCGUGUGCUUUAGGGAGUCGUAUAAAGGCAUAAUAAAGGCCACAUUUGGCCUCAUUAGAGGUAAUCAUUUGUAUGAGCUCUGCCAAGGCCUUGCUGAUGGUGUAAUGAGAGUGUUCUUUAUUACAAAAGUUGGUUAA